CCCGCCCAGCGCCUCCGGUGGGUGGGUCCAAACUGAGCUUUCGCACACAAAGACCCAGAUCUGGCGCGAAAGCGCUUUUACCGGCAGCGGGCUGGGGGAGGGUGCGGCUGCACUGCACCACGCGGAUCGAUAGUUGCUGCCGUUGUAACAGGACACCCGUUUUAUUUCCCCAAGGGGAAAAAUAACUUUUCUCGUUGUUCAAGUUAAACGUCCUUUAAAAAGGCGGCUGGAGUCGCGCGUUAUUGUUUAGUGAGCGCGUGUGUAACGUUACCGGAGUUCUACCGGACGCUGCGCUUCUUUGUCCUGUUCUGCGCGUCCCGUAGACUCUCCCUGGACUUUGCAGGUCUGCUACCCCAUGACAAUCUUGUAGAAGUUCUGCAGCAAUGCCUGGAGUCACUCACACGCUGUACGGCUGGGACAUGGAGCACUACUUUUACGACGAGAUGGACACCGAGGAGGAUUUCUUUAAGUCUACAGCCCCGAGCGAGGAUAUAUGGAAGAAAUUCGAGCUGCUUCCCACCCCGCCCAUGUCGCCCUCAAGAACGCUGGAUGGAGACUGGCUACUACCGCUACCGGGGCACCUGCUCGGGUGGGCGCCGCCAAAGGUUUUAACAUGUGAUGAGGAGUACGAGGGGCUGCACAAGUUCGACCCACUGGACAUUUUUGGGAAUCUGGGCUCUAUCGUUAUCAAAGACUGCAUGUGGAGCGGAUUUUCCACGAGUCACCGGUUGGAAAAAGUGGCUCAUGGCGAGCGAGCACCGGUGACUGCUCCGAUUCAGACCUCGACUGCACAGAAAGCUGCUCUUUCCGCAUCGGGCACGCCCGUGACUGAGACCCAGGCGGCACAGUGUGUAAACCCCGCCGCAGUCCUGGAACUCCCUGUCCCGCAUAACAAGAAAGUAGCUGCAGGCUCCUCCGGUUCCGAGUGUCGCUCGGAUUCGUACGAUGAUGAUGAGGAUGAUGACGAGAUUGAUGUGGUGACAGUGGACAACCGACCAAAGCGUGGCCGCCCUCCAAGUCGCCGUACACCGGUAACCAUUACCGUAAGCGCUGAUCCAUUUGGACCAUGUCCCAAGCGCUUCCACGUGUCUUUGCAUCGGCAGCAGCACAAUUACGCUGCCCCCUCCCCCGACACAGAUCCGGAGGAUGACUUUGAUGAGAUUGAGUCUGUGAGCAAACGGCCACGUCUGGAGCCUUCAUCCUCUCCCUCAUCUCCACUUUCUUCACCUGCCACAUCAGACUCUGAGGACUCCAGCGAGCAGCGUCGGAACUUCCUGGAGAGAAAGAGGAGAGAUGACCUUCGCUCGAGGUUCCAGGCGCUCCGGGAGGAGAUUCCAGGUCUGUCUGCAUCCUCAAAGACCUCGAAGGUGGCGAUUCUGACACAGGCAACGGAAUACUUGCUGCAGCUGCAUGCGCGCCAACGGCGUCAAGCUCAGGAGAAGAGAAAACUCAAAGCCAAACAACAACAGCUUCUCCGCAGGAUCAGCAUAUUACAGAACUCCUAAUAAACGUCUGCUUUAACAUGG